AUGGGCCGACGUGCCCUUUUCCUCUUCGGGAUAGCCUUUCUACGCGCGCACUUUGGCCAUAGCGCGACGCUCGAACUGCAGGCGGCUGCGGUAGCGGCUGCAGACGCGAAUCGGUGUGCCCAGAAGCCCUCGCAGCGCGUGGACUGCUACCCGCCCCGCCCAAACUUCCCCGCGCCCACGGAAGAGCUGUGUCUGGCGCACGGCUGUUGCUGGCAAAGUCUGGAGAACGGGGGCGUUCCCUGUGCGUUUGCCGCCGAGGCACCGCCCGGUGCCGCUAAGUGCGCGGCCGUGGCCCCACCGUCGCGUCUCGCGUGUCGCAACCCGCGAUUUGCGCUAGCCGCAGUGCUCCGAGACGCCGACACGUGUGCAUCGGCUGGCUGCUGCUUUGACGACGGCGACUGUUUCCAGCCCCUGGCCGAGGGGUACGAGCUAUUGACGCUGGACGAGACGAGCAAUGGCUGGCGAGGGACGCUGGCGCUUCGAAGUGGACAGCGCGGGCCUUUUGGAAACGAUGCCCCGUUGCUGGAGCUCACUGUGGUUCGAUUCUCGGCUCGGCAAGUGCGGGUUCGCAUCACGGACCCUGCGUUUCCUCGCUACGAAGUGCCGAGCCUGCCUGUGCAACGCCGACAAGAGCAACGCGAUGCUGCGGCAAGGGAGAAGCAGGACGAGUAUGAGGUGCAUUUUACGCCGUGGCCAUUUGGAGUGGCCGUGACUCGGCGAGGGUCUGGAGAUGUGCUGUUUAAUUCGACGCCACCGGUGGAAAGCGAGGACGAAGGGAAAAGCUUCAGUGGCUUGGUGUUUGAGAACCAGUUUCUUGAGGUGUCGACGCAGUUACCGGCGAGCAAAGACGGUGGUGAGCCAAUUUUGUACGGUCUUGGGGAGCGACUGGGAUCGGCGCGUCUUCGAGCGGAUGAUGAGGGCGAUCUAUACCCGAUGUUUGCACGCGCCCCGAACGCGUCUGCUCCUGUGCAUACCCGAAGUGGUGGCGAUAAUUUGUACGGCGUUCACCCCUUCGUAAUGCAGCUGGAACGUCAAUCUGGUAAUGCCCAUGGUGUAUUUGUGCUUUCGUCCAACGCAAUGGAGGUUGUAUCCCGUCGCGAUGCACUGACGUAUAGGCUUACGGGUGGUAUUCUUGACAUUUUUGUCUUCUCUGGUCCGACCCCACAAGAUGUGGUUGAGCAGUACACACAAAUUGUUGGCCGUCCAGCGAUGCCACCUUACUGGGGCCUGGGCUAUCAUGUGGGUCGGCGCAGGAGCGACACAGCUUCAAUCAGUAAGGCGGUGGAGCUGGUUACAAAACUUCGCAUGGCUGGAGUGCCCAUGGAUGCAUACUGGCAAGACUACGAGUACAUGGCAGACAAUGGACAUGCGCUAUCAUUGAACGGAAGCAAGUUACCUUACCGGGAAAUGCACUCGUUCAUUGACGACUUGCAUUUCCACAGCCAGUAUUUCGUAGGCCUACAAGUUCCAUCCAUUUCACUGUCAAACUCGACAAUGACUGGUGAACGUGGCAACAACCAAGUGGAGUACGCUGGCGUAGCGCCUACGACCGAGAAUGCGUUUUUACUGAAUGACGAAAUCGAAGCUGAUGAGGACGCUGCCCGCGGCACCGUCUAUGAGCACGACGACCUGGACACAGGGUACGACGAUACUGCCAGCAAACGUGGUGAGAGUGAGAAUGGUAGAGGAAGUGGCACUCACCAUCAUUCUUACGUCGGAUCGGACAACCAAGGUGGCCAAAGCAGUUGCAGCAGCUCUACUUAUCCAUGUGACCAGAGCAGUCGAGGGAGCGAUAAUAGCGACCGGAGUGACGGGAGCGGAAGUGAAGAGAGUGCAAGCGAGUGGAAACCAAUCGAGCGGGGCGAAGCGCUGGAUGUAUUUGUAAAAGGAGUGAAUGGCGAGCGCUACGCAGUGAAAGCUUCCCGACGUGGUUGGGCGGUGUUUGUCGAUUUUUUCCAUCCAAAAGCAUCGAGCUAUUGGCACGAGCAGCUCGAGCUGUUACACAGAUACGUGAUGCCUUUCGACGGCUUGUGGCUGGAUAUGAACGAACCCAGCAGCGUUUGCGAUUGUACUUUGGCUGCAGAAGACGACCUGUGCGUUCACAUAUGCGAAGACAAGUAUCAGACGAAGGCUACAGCGCCACGACCUAAUGAAGCCGAUAAUGUGGAAACAUCGACAGUAGGAGGAGACGGCGGCUUCAUCCGCACAAACGAUGUCAAUUUCCCAUUCGAUCCGUAUCGCCAACCAUUCGCUCCCGGCCAAAACAAUCGUGAAAAAGGUGGACAUGGCAAUCUGAACUCGGCUACACUUCCCAUGGCAGCUCUACACCAUUCGUCACUUCAUUACAAUCUCCACUCCUUGUACGGUCAUGAACAGGCUCGCGCGACACGGCAUGCGCUCGAUUCGAUUAUAAGAAAGCGCAGUUUGCUGCUCUCUCGGUCAACUUUUUCGGGGAGCGGGCAAUACACUGGUCAUUGGCUAGGCGACCACGUUAGUGCUUCAUGGGAGCAAUUGCGGUUGUCGAUUUCUGGUACAUUGCAGAUGAAUUUGCUGGGUGUUCCAUUGACUGGACCAAAUGUGUGCGGUUCUCGAGGGCAAUCUUCGCGAGAGCUGUGCGUGCGCUGGUAUCAAGCUGCGUCUUUCCUGCCGCUUCUGCGCAAUUACGAUGGGAGUGGUGGAGAGCAUACCCCCGUUGACUUUGAUGCCGAAGCACUGAACAUCAUGCGAUCGACGCUGCUGAGACGGUACCGAUACUUGCCGUAUAUGUACACUCUCUUUUUCAAGGCACAUCGGCUAGGCAGCCCGGUGGCUCGACCGCUUUCGUUUGAAUUUCCUGAUGAUGAGCUCGCGCGAGGUAUCGAGCAUCAGUAUCUGUUGGGUCCAGCUUUGAUGAUAUCACCAGUGGUGCGUGAAGGCGCUAUAUCGUUGGAAGUGUAUUUUCCCGAUGCAUUCUGGUAUGAUGCGCACAGCGGAAAGGAGGCACUAGAUCCUGCAGCUGGGGACAACCGGCGUGUCAAUUUGCUGACUCCGUUACCGAAGUUACAAGUGCAUCUUCGUGGAGGUUACAUCGUGCCUACACAGCAGCCGCUUUCCACGACAGCACUUUCUCGUCGUGGAGCUUUUACGCUAUUAGCAGCGCUGUGUGUAUCAGGGGAAAUCCUAACGGCGUCUGGAGAGCUAUACGUGGACGACGGCGAUUCGCUGUCGUCUAUGGAAGAAAAUCGCUACUCGCUGAUGCGUUUUGACGUGUAUCGAAACACGAGCAACACGAUCGAAUUGAAGAGCUUGCUGAUGGUUCACGGUUACGCUGGACCAGAAAUGCAUGCCGAUCUGAAAGAAAUCCGCGUUUAUGGUGUGUACGGGGACGCUUUUGAGGCGAAUUCUUCGAUGAAGACAACAGUUCUUUCACCUUCAGGAGGAUGUUUACAUGAACGAUCGGUAAAGGCCGAUUAUUUUGCGCAGUCGGGUAUGCUGGUUCUCUCGCGGCUCGACAUGUCCAUUGGGAAAGAAUUUCACGUCAAGGUUGUGGCUGAACCAGCAGCGACCGCUGAAUCUGGAAAGAAGGGGAAAUCAGUGGGCGUGAGCACGUCCGAAAAGUCUGGGAGCGGAGAAAAUGAGGAAGGUGCGGCCGCGGGUGCUAAGGGAUCGAAUGAGGUGUCGAAGAAGAAGAAGUCGAAGUUUUCGAUCACAGGUAUUGUAGGGAUCGUUGUGGGUUGUGCAUUCCUGGCUGCAGUCGUUGUGGUUUUCUUAUUGCGACGUCGGCAUCAGGGGUACGAUACUAUAUGA